AUGUUGCCAACACCAUCGACGUCGCACGUCUGCUUUGAUCGCGUCUAUGAACCGGCCGAAGACUCGUACUUACUCCUGGACACGUUUUCUUCCGAGAUAGAGUCCAAAUUCUUGAAAGAACGUUUCAGUCAUGCGUCCUCCCCGACCCCGCCAUUGGUACUUGAAGUGGGCGUAGGCUCUGGCGUUGUCCUCGCUUUUAUAGCUGCCAAUGCGUGCAGCAUACUGGGUCGACUUGAUGUCCUGACGCUAGGCACCGAUAUCAAUAGCUUUGCUUGCAAAGCAGCCUCGCAGACAAUUCGCAGUGCGGUACAAGAGCGGAAAGAUGGCCGCACUGUCUUCCUAGACAUCGUGAAUGGCGACCUGGCGACUGCGAUUAGACCUCACUCCGUUGACGUUUUCAUCUUCAAUCCACCAUACGUACCGGCCGAGCUACCAGACAUGUCGCGUCAUAAAGAUUACAAUUCUCUUGCUGAUGGCACAUUGAAGACAUCCUUCGAACAAGACUCGUACCUUCUGGAGCUUUCCUACGCUGGAGGUGAAGAUGGGAUGCUCGUAACAGACAGAAUGCUCAAGCAAAUACCGGGCAUACUGAGUGAGUCAAGAGGUGUCGCAUAUCUGCUGCUCUGUGCGCAGAACAAACCUGAGGUGGUGAAACAAAGGAUAAGGGAUUGGGAUUCAGGCUGGCAGGCUGAGACCGUCGGGUCUAGUGGAAAGAAAGCUGGCUGGGAGAAACUGGUUGUUUUGAGAAUAUGGAAAACUACAGUCUAA